AUGGCUAUUCUUACUACUCAGACUGAGAUUGCCACUGCAGUCCCCCCAGCCAAGUUGUACAAGGCCUUACUCCUUGAAGCUCAUGUCUAUGCCCCUAAAAUUCUCCCCCAGUCCAUCAAAAGCAUCGUGCUUCUUCAGGGAGAUGGAGGAGUUGGAACCAUUAAGCAAACCGACUUUAAAGAAGGGUUUGGGGUGUAUUUAAAGGUGAAGGUAGAUGCAGUAGAUGAAGGGAAUUUGAAAUUCAUCUACACUGCAUUUGAAGGUGAACCAUGGGUACAGACAGUAGAGAAAGUUACAUAUGAGGCAGAAGUAGUAGCUACUCCUGGCGGAGGUUCCAUCUACAAGGCCACCAACAAGUACUACCCUAAGGGCAACGCUGAGAUCGAUCCCAGCAAAAUCAAGGAGGCUGAGGAUAUGACCGAUGGAUUUAUCAAGGCUGUUGAAGCCUAUCUUGUGGCAAAUCCUGAUGCCUA